AGACAGGAAGGAUUGAGACGCGGGGAUGAAGGUCUGGCAUGUUGCCCUACUAGUGUCGACGCUCUGGCUGUAUGCGGAAGGCUUCACUUUCCUGUCCCCUCUCAGCCUCGGCAUCUCGCGUCCUCAAAGAGGAUUGAGUCGCUGCCAAAGAGCCCCGGGUGGCUCCUGGACGCGAGGAGGGAGAAGCAGACUUCACGCUUCGAGCAGAGGAGCCUUGGGAGUCUUUUCCGAGCCAGACCCUCCACCUGAGAACAUCCUCAAGGCAGUAGAUAGAGCAGGAGGAAGAGUUACGGUUGCCGAUGUCGCAACUUCUGCUGGAGUGUCGUUGAACGAGGCCAAGAAGCAGCUCAACGUGCUAGCUCAACUUGCCGACGGGAACCUGGAGGUGUCCAAAGACGGCGAGCUCGUCUACGUGUUCUCGGCAGGGUUCAGAAAUGAGCUGCUAUCUCGCUCAGCCAAAAAGAGAAUCCAACAAGGAUGGGACAAGGUUGCCCCAAUCUUAUUCUACAUGGUCAAAGUUUCGUUUGGGAUUGCGCUGAUCUCUUCCAUUGCUCUCAUCUUCACUGCCAUCCUUGUGCUGCAAUCAUCUUCUCGAGAUGAUCGAGAUGAUCGUCGAGGAUACUCGUCAGGCGGAGGUUUCAGCUUCUACAUGGGCCCUUCCUACUGGUGGGGACCUUCGCCCUUUGACAUCUUUUACUUCAGCUCGUCUUCUCCGUACGGGGUCAACCGAUACGACAACCCUUCGCAGCUUUCUUUCCUCGAGUCAGUCUUCUCGUUCCUCUUUGGUGAUGGCAAUCCAAACGCAAAUUUCGAGCAGCGGAGGUAUAAAGCCCUAGCCAACUUGAUCCGAGCCAAGGGUGGAGUUGUGACAGCAGAGGAAGUGGCUGGAUACCUUGAUCCUCCCGCUGAGCCCGACGAGGACAAGCUGGUUGAUGAAUCCUUCGUCCUUCCUGCUCUCACUCAGCUGGGGGGGAUGCCGGAAGUGACUGAGAGUGGCGACAUCGUGUAUGUGUUCGAGGAUCUUCAGUUGUCAGCAGCGGCAGCAAACGACCAGGGGUGGGAGAAGCUUUCCUUGCAAGAGCUGACGAAGCUCGCGAAGAGCGAAGGCAUCUCGACAAGAGGGGUCUACGAGAAGGAUGACCUGCUGGCGGUCAUCCGAGCAGCUCGAGAGACGAGAAGCGUAAAGAGCAAUCAGGAAGGAGAUCGGGUUGCGACUUAUCUCGACGAGAAGCCCUUCCAGUUUAGCUUGGCGACGUCAGGGCAGCAACUGGCGGUCGGAGCUCUAGCGGCUGUCAAUCUGUUCGGGGCUCUCUACCUAGGGAACCUCUUUGCGUCGCCCUACCUUGUUGGACGAGAGCUGAUCGGUCUGCUGGGAUUCGUCAAGGCGAUUUACCCCUUGCUGCUUGCUUACGGAGUCGCUUUCGUGGCUGUACCGGCUGCUCGAUACUUGAAGCUGCAGGCUGAUAAUCGUAAGAUCGAGAAGAGAAACCGUCUUCGCGCUCUUUGGGCCUUCGCAUUGCGCAAGGGAGGCCGAAACCUCGAGAGGAAACUGACAGAGGCGAGGAAGAGGUCACAAGGCGUGAAGUUGAUAAAGGAACAAGACAUCGAGUACACUACAGGAAAGAGCAUCGAAGAACAAGGCCUCGACCUCAAGGCAUGGGAUGCCAAGUAUCUCAACAAGGAUGAGAAAUGACGUGUCUCAUCGGCAACAAGUCAGUCUCCACUACUCCUUCGCUCACUCUGUCGCUCUUAUAUUACAACCAUGCUGGCUUCCUCUU